GCUCACAGGCUCUCACCCGUAGCCACAGCCACUACCUUCCUUCCCUCCAUCGAGUCGUACGCGCGUCCACUUCCUCCCUGGAGUCCGGCGCGUACGUCUUCGCCGGAGCAAGCUACCUACACGCGGCGGUCGGCCAUUGUCUCCACCGAGUCCAUUCCAUCGAUCUCGGCGACUGGUCAGUAAACUGAUCUGCAGCUACCUAGAGAGUAGCGUGAGUGUGUGACGGAGCUUGGCAGCCGGCCCGCAGCUACAUAUACAGGGCAGCUGGGUUGGCGGGGUUCUCGGAAAAGAACAACACUCCAACAAGAAGGAAAGGCUUUUGAGCACGUGAGGAUGGUGAACACGGCGUCGGCCGGCGUGAACAAGGCGGCGGCGGCGGCGGCGCAGGGGGGUCACCGGGCGCUGCCGCUGGCGUCGCUGAACCACAUCUCCGUGGUGUGCCGGUCGCUGGAGAGCUCGCUCAGCUUCUACCGCGACGUCCUCGGCUUCAUCCAGAUCCGCCGCCCGGGCUCCUUCGACUUCGACGGCGCAUGGCUGUUCAACUUCGGCAUCGGCGUGCACCUGCUGCAGGCGGAGGACCUGGAGAGCCUGCCGCCCCAGAAGACGGAGAUCAACCCCAAGGACAAUCACAUCUCCUUCACCACGUGCGAGAGCAUGGAGGCGGUGCAGCGGCGGCUCAAGGAGCUGGGCAUCCGGUACGUGCAGCGGCGGGUGGAGGAGGGCGGCAUCCACGUCGACCAGAUCUUCUUCCACGACCCCGACGGCUUCAUGAUCGAGGUCUGCACCUGCGACAACCUCCCCGUCAUCCCGCUCGUCACGCACCUCGACGCCGCCGCCGCCUGCGCGCCGCCCGCGGUCGUCGCGCCCAGCUGCAAGAGGGUCUCCAACCAGCACCAGCAGCAGCUCAGCACCAUCGUCACGGCGGCCGUGCCCGAAGUCCCGCCAACGGCGGCCCCGGCGCCGCAGCAGUCCGUCGGCGGCGGCUGCGUCGGCGAGGUCGUCGACCCGGCGGCCAGCAUGUCCGCCAGCGCCAUGAUGACCUGCUCGGAGCACGCCUGCAUGCAGGUGUAAUCAUUCAUUCGCCCGUUGGCUUGCGAGGACGCGACGUUUUGACGGACUGUCGAGCUCGAGCUCGAGCCACGCAUCGUUUGUUUCUGCGGUUUCUUUUGCCCGGCCGUAAUUAGCUGUGUUUAGCACCGGCCCGGUUUCUUUUCUUCGUCCAAUAUAUUCGAGUACGUACGUAAAUUGUAUUCAGCUGCUUGUGGGUAGCUCUGGCCAUCGCUUACGCUGGAGUGGAUCCAUUGACCUCUCAGCCAGGUAGAUAGCUAGUGGCUUGCUCUGCAUGCAUGCCAGUGUGUGUUGCACUUGCACAUAUAUAUAUGUAUGUAUGUUGUCAUAUAUCUGUGUAAUUCAAUUUAGUGAUCAUUCAGUAAUCA